AGUAUGGUGGGUAUAGGAUGGGGACGCAUCCUACUGUACUAUCGUGUCCAGCAGGAUGAAACUGGAAAAGAAAGGAAUUAAACAGGAGAUCAAGUUAUAAUCCUGAAGAUGAAGAAAGAAAAAAGUAGUUUAACCCAGGCCAAUUUACAAGCCAAGAGUGGCUUGACCAUUAGCACAGUGAAUACUAGUAAGGUUGGUGAAGGGGGGGAGGGGUCCCCCGCCCCCUCUAUUAAAUCAGACCCUGACGGGCAGGGGAACCCUGUUUCUAACGGAGAGAAUUCUACAACACCCGGCUGUGAUAGCGCUUCUCCGCCCCCCUCGGCGGGCGGAGAGGCAGAAGGCGGUUCUAACCCAGCUAGCCAGGAGGAGAAAAAACCCCCUCUUACGCCCAAUGAUCUUGGGGGCGUUGUUAAGUCCGAAACGGACUCUUUUUUGGAAUCUUUUGAUACUAAAGAUGGAGUAAAAGAUGAGAAUGUUGGUCUUGGGGACAAUAACCUGGAGUUCCCUGAAACAGAUUUCAAAGCUGAGGAUAUUAAGCUAGAUCCUAACUGCGACUUCGGGCCGGAUGGACCCUUUAACCCGCAGGACUUUUCAUUCGAUGCAUGCAGUCAACCUUCAGAUUUUGGACACUGCCAAACUAUACGAAAUUUAUUUUUAUUUUUCCAGGCUUAUUAG